UCGGCAUGGCCGGUUUCACUCCAGCAUCCCGCCGGUUCGACGCCCUUCACCUUCACAGUUCCUAGUGGCUGCUUUGUUAUUCAGUCCUCCUCACCCCGCCCCUUGCGGGCUUCAGGUUCAGCAGGUCACUCCUCUUUACUUUGAGAGCCUGUGAAACUGGGCUCGCCGGAAAGGGAAACCCGACUCUUCCCAAGAUCUGAGGCAUCGGAGGAGGGGCAGAGUCUCAGCUGAGCUUCUACCUGCGAGCGCUUGCCAGCCCAGCAGCCCCCCCCUCCCUCUCUCAGAGGCCGAGAGAAACAAGGAAAUGCAGCCGUGGUUGUCUUCAGGGGAAAAGCACAGGAAAAAAUAAAGAGGGAUCUUGAGCAGUUUCGGCCAGAAUCCUCUUAUCACGAACCUCAGGCAUGGAACAAAGUUCUUGAGAACUUCAGCGUGUUGAUGAAGAAGGAAGGACCUCCAACAGGACUCUUCUCAGCCCCAGAGAUAACUUCAGCAAGACAGAAGAUGGCUCACUCUGAGAGACCUCAUCGAGAUAAAGAUUACAGACAGAGGGGGAUUCCAAGGUCCAGCCGAUAUGUUGACGAAAGAAGUAGACCACCAUAUCCAUCAAAUGAAAGGUCAUCAGAAGGAACACUUGAAACUUCAAGACAUCCCACAGCUUUUGCAGAACCUUACCAGAACUAUCCAGGAGCAACUUGCGGAUAUGUUGAUUCCUCACCCCAGUUUUAUCCUUACCCCAAAGAGACUUUUUCUGAGAAAUGCUCAAACCUGUGCUCAAGAAGGGGGAUCUUGCAGUUUGUUGAAAUAAUAGUUAACAUUUUGGUGUUGAUCUGUAUAGGAGCAGCUCAGGCAUCCAUUGCUGGUUUCACCUCCAUGGGAGGUUUGGGCUCCUUCAACCUCAAUUCUGCUUAUAGUCCAUUUGAAGGAGUUGAGCUCCAAGAGGUGAGGGACCUGGAUAUGCAGUACAGCCAGAUGAGAGCUCCUUGUGUCUAUGGCGGUGUGGCCUUCAGCCUAACCCUGCUGUGCCUUACGCUGCUCUUCCUCAUCGCUGGUGGAAAGCCAGUUCAUCGCCUCUCAGUCCGGCUGCUCAUCACAGAAUGCAUCUUUGACAUCCUCGCUUUCCUGGGGUACAUAGCAGCUGUUGGCCUCUACCUCCACUUUGUCAUGCAAGUCAACGUAACUGAAGUGUGCAAGAAGAGAGAGAGACUGUACACAGGGCGAGGCUACACUUCAAUGAACUGCAUCGUGCAGGGUGGAGAUGCAUCCGUGGCUCUCUUUGGCCUUCUGGUGGCUUGCCUGUAUUUCCCAAGUGCUGUAGUGUGCUUUCUCACCAUUCGAAGUGUGCGGGAGUUGAAGAGACAGGCGGCCAAGACGCAGUAUAGCCUUGAAAGGACCUACAGGGAUGGAGAUCAUCACAAGGCCUAUAAGAGUCCAGAAAGCAGCAAUGCUGUUAGGACUUUUGCCACACUAGUGUAGCCUAUGGGAGGUUCUUAUGAGACAGUGUGAAGAAAUACAUUGGGCAAUAGAUUAUUUUUGUGCAGUUGAGUGUUAACAACACUGUGCUGAAAUCAGAGGUGCAGAGCUGCAUUUUAAAAAUAUUAUCACGCUUUGUAGUAGACAUGCAUAAUA